UUCCCGUCAGUUGAGUAUGAACUCGCUGCUCGCUGCUCACAGACACAGCGUCACUCGCUCUCCGUGUCGUGGGUCGUGCGUCGGCGGCCGUUCGCGCGAUUAAGUUUAAAAAAAAGUGUACACCGAAGUCAUUGUUUGUGCAGAACCUUUGUUUUUUUGAUCAUGCGAUCUCUGCUUGUUUUAUUUGUGCUGACCGUCCUUUGUGGAGUUCACGCGAAGGGAAAACAUGACGACAAGGUGAAGAUAGCUGUGUACUACGAGUCACUAUGCCCGGACAGUAAGAAGUUCAUAACGAGCCAGCUGGCCCCGGUCUGGAGAGACUUCCGGGGACAGGUCAAGGUCAAGAUGGUGCCGUACGGGAAGGCCACCCACGACAAAGUGAACGGUAAAUGGCAGUUCAUUUGUCACCACGGACCCGACGAGUGUUACGGUAACAAGCUCCAGUCAUGUAUCCUGAAAGACCGCACGCUCCAGGACACCGACAAGAUGGAACUCAUCAUCUGUCUCAUGGGACAGGAGCAUCCCGACAAGGCCAUCGACACCUGUCUUGGUCAAGUCAAGAGAGAAGCCGAGUCCGCCAAGUUGAAGAAAUGUGCGUCAGGGGCCCAGGGUGACGCGUUGCUGGCGUCCUACGGUGACAAGACGGACGUCGUGCAGAGACCGCUGUCCUUUGUGCCGACUGUUGUUAUCAACGAGAAAUUCGACCAAGCCGUCCAGGACGAGGCCGUGAGCGACCUGAAGGCGGUGGUGUGUCGCGUGGCCGCCACCAAACCAGCUCUCUGUCUUUAAAUUUAGUAUUCACAAUAAUACACACGUUUACUGUGA